AUGAAUGAUUGCUGCGAAUCUGCUCUCAAUCGGACAGGAUGGGGCCUUUGUCACUACUUUUUGGUUGGCAUAUGUGGGUUAUGCAGUCUCGCCGAAGCAAGUGCAUCUCUAGUCGUCCUCGUAGUCACACCACUCUUGGCUUGCGAUUUGCACUUCGAAAAAAGUGACGUAAUGACUCUGAACGCAAUACUUUCUCUAGGAAUGGCUUUCGGCGGAAUGUUUUUCGGCACAUUAGCCGACCACCACGGACGUAAAAGUCUGAUACCGGGAACAUUGGUCAUAAUUUUCUGCUCAUCGAUAUAUCUGUCGUUCUCCCAGAGGUUCUUUCCCAUUAAUUUUGCGAUAUUUUGGCUCGGAGCAGGGGCCGCUGGAAAUAACGUCAUAAUACGAGUUUAUUUGAUCGAAUGUUUGCCUGCCAAACGUCGAGGGAGUUGCCUCGCUCUGGUCGAUCUUCUGUGGGUACUAGGCUUCCUGGCAUCUUUCGCUAUGACUUGGUCUCUGGUGCCGUCAGUCGUUCGAUUAUUGAACAAGGAAUUUCGCCCAAGCUCGUGGCGAGUACUCGUAGGUCUUGGAGCCGCACCGAGUCUCAUAAUAGCCUGUGCUGCAGCCUUACUUCCAUUGAGUCCGCGUUAUCUUCUCUAUCGUCGACAUCCGCAGCAUGCGUUUAAUGUUCUGCAGCAAAUUUAUGCUGUCAAUAAUUCGCGACACGCGGAUCAUUUCCCGCCUUGCCGGCUCGAGGGAUGUGUCCAACCUAACGAAAGCAAUGACACAGGCCCGGAUAAUCUGUUCAAGUCUCUACGAAAAUACGGAACGAAGACUUGGAAACGUAUUGAAAGGAUAUUUCGCCGACCAUACACAAGAGUCACUCUACUUUUAUUGAUUUCUCGAGUUCUCCUUUUCCCAGGGUUCAUUUGGAUGGCGUUAUGGAAAUUUCACACGUCUUAUUCAAUCAAUAACUUUGUAAGAAAAUCUCGAACGUCGACGAACAGAUACGAUUCAUCGAUGUGCACUUUCGACGCCGGUGAAAUCGUACAAGCCUUCAUUGACAAUUGUCGUACUGCGAAUAAUUCACGUUUCGAGUCUUUUAUGUUGCUAUCAAUGAGUUACAUCGUCGGGGAAGGUCUGCUUUUUUUUGGUAUUGAUGUCGUGGGUCGUCGGCUUACUGUGAUAUCGUCCGGUAUGAUCGGAGCAACUUCCAUCCUGGCUUUCGUAUUUGCAAAUCGGCAAAGCGCGAAAGUUUUAUUAUCAGUUUUCUUCCUCGCUGCAUAUUCAAUCCUCUAUACAACCACGAGUAUAAUUAUACCCGAAAAUUAUCCAACUGCAGUAAGAGGAACUGUCGUUGGUCUGACCUCGGUGCUUCCCCAUGUAGCAGCAUUCAUCGUCAAAUAUUUCGCCCGAAUCAAUUGCACCCGAAGCCUGUACGUCACAAGUGGUCUUAUAAUAGGAGCAACUUUGACAGCCGUAUCGAUACCGGAUUUAACGAGAGCUCCGAUGAAGGAAUAAUACCAUGGACCAUAAUACCAGGAAUAAUUUGUAUGACUUCACAAAAUGUGCUUUUUUGCGUACGCAAGGAAAACUUUGCUUCUUAAUUGACCAAAGCAACAUUCGCAUAUCAAAACUGAAAAAUGUACGACCGACUUUCGUUCUAUAAUCCCCGUAUUUAUUCAUGGACCAUGAAUAGAUUGCGAGAAAAUGAAUUCCAUUCAGCCUGAAUUGCCAAAUGGUCACGUAAUAUCGAUCAAAAGCCACGCAUCAAUGUAUAACCCCAAAAAUAAUGGUGCUCUAAUAUAUACGUGAAUAUAAUUGGGGAAUGUUUAUUUAUCGUAUAUUAAAAAAACGCAAUUAUGGAUAGAGAUGAAAAAGACGUAAGAAAAUCUCGAAAACGAUGUCUGCAUCAGGUGUCUUUUUUUCGAGCAUUUUUAGAAUGUUUUCCCUGGAAUCGUUGGCGGGCCGCGGAUAGUGGAAAAGCCCGCGUACUGUUACGUGCGUCGAGAGUAGGGUAAAUAGUUUGAGAAAAGGAAAUAAAUAAGAGUGAACGAAAAAAUGUUGCAAGUGAUGAGUGUAUGUGAAGUCGAAGAAAAAUUCGAAGGAGAAACGAAGAGCCGGCGUUGUUUCCUCCGCUUAGAAUAUGUGUAAGAACCGAUUAAAGAGGGGGUGAGAAAGGAAGUAAGCAUAAAGAAAAUUCCUCCCGAUGAGCUUUGUGUGUAUCUUUGACGUUUUCGUGUUUAUACCAGUGCCCGCACGUUUUGUGUUCGGAGAAGCGAAGAAGGGAGAAUACACAAGAAGAAAAUGAAGAGCCGUUUCGUUCGGGAGAAUGCGCUUUUGGCGAGCCCGAUGGCCCGCGAGAUCCACGCGUCUUCCGUGUACGUCUAUUUUCGCCUCGCAUGUUCGUUUCGAGAACGAAUAAUAUGCGUGCGGCAGCCGAGAAACGUGUGCAAGAAGUUACCGAGCACAUAGACAACGAACUUGUCUGUAAUGAUUAUGCGUAUUAUAUAUUCGACAUGUUAUAUAUCUCGUGCGUUCCAUCAUAUGCGUAUAUACACAAAGUCACGUUGCUGCGUGUACAGUCUAUAGUGGGCGAUUCACACGAAAUCGCUCGCGGCGUCGAACGUUCGAAUCUCUCGAAUUCGAUCUGAAUUUUUUUAUUUUGUAAAUCCUUACCAUCAUAGCGGAGAACUGAAAAACCAAAAAUUUGAAUAUUUUUCAAAACACGCAUUAUCGUAGUCGAUAAUUUUGCGUUAUUCUUUCCCAAUCAUAUGCGAGACCAUAAAAAAAAUGUGUGUUUCGGUGACGCAAUUUCAGAAAAACGUUGCACAACGGGAGAAAAGGCAAUGCGUCCAAUAAUUGAAAAUGGCGGUAUUUUUUUUAUCUUUUUUGCAGAACAAAGAAUAUGAAAAUGCAGUUUACACAUCUCGUUUUUUUUCUUUUAUUCGUUCAGUACGAUCGAUGUACAUACUACUCCUACAUAUAGAUCGAGGCAUUAAUAAAAAGUACAUAAAUUAGGAAAUUUUUUCUAACGACUUUAGAUAAUAUUUCGCAUAAUUCUCGAAUUUUUUUUACUUUUUUUUUCAUCAAACCGGAAUAUCCGUAGCGUUCCAAAAGUGACGAAAAUGUUUGUAUUGCUAAAGGAAUGUAGUAUAAUAAAGUUUCA